AUGGCGUGUACGAAAAUAUUUUCAGGAGAGUUACCUGAAAUAACAAAUGAAAUUAUACAAUAUUUUCGGAAUGACUUUUCAACAUUACAUUCAUGUAUUUUAGUUAAUAGAUUAUGGUGUCUUUAUUUAUAUAAUUUGAGUGAUGAUGAUAAAAUACAAUCAAAGAAAUAUGGAAUUAAUAAUGAUUUAUUUCCUUCAAAUAUAUUAUUUAAUUAUUCCAGUUUUAUUCAAUAUUUAGAUAUUUAUAAAAUUUAUAAUUCUAUAACAAUGUGGGUUUCAGAUGUCAAAAAAUUCAAACCACUUUUAGCUAAUAUUAAACAUUCACAGCAUUAUGAUUUUGUAAAAUUUAUUUAUAAGUCAUUAAUUAAAAUUUUCAAUGAAAAUGAAGCAAAUUUACAUACUCUUGAUAUUACACAUAAUUGUACUUAUCUUGAUACUAUUGUUUCUGAAUUAGCUUUAAAUUCAAAUUUCAUUUACAAUAUUAGAAAUCUUUAUCUUAAAUUUUACUCAUUUAAUUUAUGUCAUUUAAUUGAUUCACAACAAAAUCUCAAAAAAAUUUCAUUGAAUUUUAAUAGCCUUUCCUUAUAUAAUUCAUUAUUAUUAUCAAAGAAUCCUAAUUGUACAAAUACUUUAAGAACAAUUAUAUUUUAUUUGAUUAAUUUUAAAAAUUUAGUUGUCUCAAAUGAGAUAUUUGAACAAUUAAAUAUUUUAGAAUCUAUUCAUAUUCUUUAUUGUUAUUCUCUAGAUUCUAAUUUUUUUCAACAAAUUAUUAACUUAACUGAACCAUUUAAAUUAAAAUCUUUAUUUAUUGAUGAAGAACCCUUAACUGACCAACUACAACUAUUAUUACAAAAAUUUGGAAAUUACUUAGAAAACUUUGGACUUGAACUAGUUGAUGGAUCAUCAUUAUUACAAUUAGUUAAAAAAGUUGAGCUAAGUCUUAAUUAUAUUAGUAUUGAUGCUGAUGAUAAUGUUAAUCUUAGCUCAGUUGUAUUACAAAAUUUAGGACAAAUUCUUGAAAAAUUUACAAACCACUUUAUUAAUAAAUUACUAAUCAAAGAUACUAAGAAAGAAGAAUUAGAAAACAAGAAUAAUUUAUCUUAUAUAAAGGAAUAUAUUAUGAAAAAGAAGAGAAUUAAGUUUUUGGCUCUCAUUGAAAUUAUUGUUGACUUGUUUUCUUUAAAAGAUGAAGUAAAUGAAUUUAGACUAUAUGAUAUUAUAGUUCAAAAUUAUUGUGAUUUAAGUAUUGAAACUGAUGAAUUUAUAUAUGAAAUGUAUUAA